AUGCCAACAGCUAGCAAGGGUGUCUUAGUUCGUUGCGAUCCAUCAAUUAGAGCUUUGAUAUUGCAAAUUGAUCUGACUUCACGAGGAAUUGUACUUCAAGAACUAGACAGUACCCAUCUUAUGAUUAAGCAAGAAAUGGUCCAAUUUGUAAAAGAUGAACUUAACAGACUUUUAUUGAAAAAUAUCUACGACCCCAUGGAUGGUGACAAACAAUAA